AUGUCAACCGCUACUACAACAUCGUCAACGAUUACGGCUACAACAUUGACAUCAACAACCACUACAACAUUGUCAACGACUACCAUUUCAACAUCAACAUCAACAACAACUACAACAUCAACAUCAACAACAACUACAACAUCGACAUCAACAACCACUACAACAUCGUCAAUGACUACCAUUACAACAUCGACAUCAACAAUGACUACAACAUCGGAAACAACAAUAACUACAACAUCGGAAACAACAAUAACUACAACAUCGGAAACAACAAUAACUACAACAUCCGAAACAACAACGACUACAACAAGUAAAUUUUUUUAA